AUGAGCCAAUACCACCUGUCCUCAUCUGAUGCUGCAAUCGUCGCUGAAGACGCUGGUGAUGGCUUGGUCUUUGGAGGUUGGUGGUCAGUUGUCUUGCCCUCCUCUGUCUUUGCUGUGACUUCUUUCGUUGCCUUGGACCUUGUGGCAUCCUUUGCCUUUGUCUUGGCCGUGCUCCGUUUACUGCCCUUCUCCGAGGUCACUGGCUUUGCUGUCUUGCUCUCAACCGCAGGCGUGGGGGCUGAGGGCCUGACGCGUGUCGACCUCCUCGGCGCGUCUGUUUGGCGACAGGCGACGGAUUGGAAGUGUUUAUGGAAAGCACGCGUGGGCUCAGAUGAGGUAGUAGGCACGACCGGCACAGCAGACUACGUCGGACCAGACCUGCGUGCUGGGCGUCUUUGCAGUCAAUCUGGCACGGUCCAGACUGAGCUGCCCUCCUCACAUCGACAUCUGGGUGUCUGUGACUUGUUCAUGGAUUGCGAUCGCCAUGCUACGUGCUAG